AUGGGAGAUUAUUGCAGAUCAAGAGAUUAUUCUUUUGCGUAUAAAUUGCUAAAGAAAAUGGUAAAAUGUGGAUGGCAACCAGGCCAUGUGGCUUACAACAAAUUGAUUAGUAGCAUUUGUGGCAAUGAGGAGUUACCUAGUUCGGAUGUGCUAGAAUUAGCUGAGAACGCUUAUAGCAAAAUGCUUGCUGAUGGAGUUGUACUAAAUAAGAUUGAUGUCAGCAAUUUUGCCAGGUGUCUAUGUAGUGUCGGAAAUUUUGAGAAAGCAUGUAAAAUUAUCCAUGAAAUGAUGCGUAAAGGCUUUAUACCUGAUACUAGUACAUACUCCAAAGUGAUUGCUCAUCUGUGUAAUGCCUCUAAAGUAGAAAACGCUUUUCUUUUGUUUGAAGAAAUGAAAAAGAAUGGUGUCGUACCUGAUGUGCGUACAUACACGAUUUUAAUUGAUAGCUUUUGUAAGGUUGGUCUUAUAGAGCAGGCUCGUAACUGGUUUGAUGAGAUGGUAAAGGGUGGUUGUGCCCCUAAUGUGGUGACGUACACUGAUCUAAUACAUGCUUAUCUUAAAGCAAGGAAGGUGUCCAAGGCUGAUGAACUCUUCGAGAUGAUGUUGUCUAAAGGUUGCAUUCCAAAUGUUGUUACAUAUACAGCUUUGAUUGAUGGUCAUUGUAAAGCUGGGCAGAUUGAGAAAGCUUGUCAGAUUUUUGCUAGAAUGCAAACUAAUGCAGAAAUCCUGGAUGUAGGUUUAUAUUUUAAAGAGGUUGACAAUGAGGCCAAAACGCCAAAUGUUUAUACAUAUGGAGCUUUAGUGGAUGGUUUAUGCAAGGCUUACAAAGUCAAAGAGGCCCAUGAAUUAUUGGAAGCCAUGUCAGCAUCUGGUUGUAAGCCUAACCGUGUUGUGUUCGGUGCUCUUAUUGAUGGAUUUUGCAAGGUUGGGAAGCUAGACGAAGCACAAGAGGUGUUUUCCGAGAUGUUGGAGCAUGGUUAUGAUCCAAAUACUUUUAUAGACGGUUCAUUAAUGAACAGGUUGUUUAAAGAUAAACGAAUGGAUCUUGCUUUAAAAGUCCUAUCCAAAAUGCUCGAAAAUUCUUGCACUCCUGAUGUUAUUAUUUACACUGAAAUGAUUGAUGGCCUAUGUAAGUCUGGUAAAACAGAUGAGGCCUAUAAGCUUAUGUUGAUGAUGGAAGAAAAGGGCUGCUAUCCUAAUGUGGUGACUUACACUGCAAUGAUAGAUGGCUUCGGCAAAGCAGGUAAAAUAGAUAAAGGCCUCAAGCUUUUAGAACAAAUGGAUUCCAAGGGUUGUGCUCCAGAUUUUGUUACAUACAAGGUUUUGAUAAACCACUGUUGUAAUGUUGGCCAGUUGGAUAAGGUUCAUGAACUUUUGGAAGAGAUGACACAGACACACUGGCAGAGGCAUAUCUCAGGCUACCGUAAGAUCGUAGAAGGUUUCAACAAAGACUUCAUAAUGUCUCUUGCGCUCUUAGAUGAGGUUCGCAAAAGUGAAUCUCUGCCAGUUAUUCCUCUUUAUAGAAUGCUUAGUAAUAGUUUUAUAAAGGCUGGGAGACUAGAGGCGGCUUUACAGCUUCAUCAGGAGCUAGCAUCAUUUUCACGAGUUUCUACAGCAUACUAUAGUACGUGUAAUGCUCUUAUUGAGAGCCUUUCAUUGGUUGGCAAGGUUAAUGAGGCUUUUGAAUUGUAUUCUGACAUGACAAGGAUGGGCGGAGUUCCUGAGAUAAGCAGUUUUAUCCACCUUAUUAAGGGGCUCAUCACAGUGAACAAGUGGGAAGAGGCACUUCAACUUUCAGAUAGCUUUUGUCAAAUGGAUAUUCAAUGGCUUUGAGAACAAAAAAAAAGAAGACGACUGAUGCGGCUUAGGCUUUGUUGA